GCAAUGGCGGCAGCAGCGACUAGCGAUCCGCACAUGCUCCUUCCGUCCGUAGACGAGCUGAACCCGUAUGGACUGAGUUGGGACGCGCUGUUCGAGAACGAAAUCCAUGAUGACAACAACAACCACUCGUUGUCUGGCAGUGAGCACACGACAUGGCAUCCCGUGCCAGGGCUGAUCCAUUCCAAGGAAAGCGUCCGGCUGCGCGAAGCCAUGUCUGUGAUCUUGCAGGAUGUGCAUGUGGGUACAUCUCCUGAUGAUCUGGAGAUGCGAGCGGCGGCUCCAGAAUAUCGUCUCGAAGAGGGCGAUUGGGCGACCCACGACCAUUUCGACAACUCUUCCUCCACCACCUCCACCGCCGACCCGCGGGAUUCCAUGGGCGGUGUUCUCAUGGCUGUGAUCAAGACCGUCGCGCGCCUUCCUGCCGAUUUGCUCCAGGAAGAUCCAUCGCACAACAACGAUUCGUCAUCCGCUCCUCCAUCGGACUCAUCCGUGUCCGUGAGUGGAUGGCUGAAAAAGCGCGGGGUUAGAAACGUUGCGCUCAAGAGUCGGUUCAUGCAGCUAGAAGGGAACGUGAUCGCGUACUACGGCAAACUACCCAGCCCAAAGUUGUCCAAGGGGGAUCGCACGAAGCUUCAAAAGGGAGUCGUCGAGCUAGACAAGCUCACGUCGCUGCAGCCCUGCGGCGAGAAAGAUCUAUGGUGGGCAUUCGAACUUGUGACAACCAAUCGCAUCUGGGUGCUGCAAGCCGAGUCAGAGGCCGAGUACAUGAAAUGGGUCACCGCGCUGUGCCACACCGUGUCAUUCCAAGUGAUCAACCAGCAGUUCCGUCGCAUGUUGUGCCUGCAAGAAGUCCGCGCGACCGCCAAGACGGACGUGCGGCUCAACCUCCAGCGCACAUUUACCGUGCAAGCCACCAUCGAUCACAUCUUCACGUGCUACACACACGCAAUGGACGCCGUGCCCCUCAAGCCUUAUACACCGACCGACUACGUCCUCAAACUCACCGGGUUUAAGGACUUUCUCAUCGACCCCACGCGCCUCAUCCUCGACUACCAGUACGUCCGCGACUGCCUCUUGACGAAAAAGACGCUCCGGCUCUCCGUCGUGUCCAAAGCAUCUCUGUACGCGUCCGUGAUCCGUAAGGCAUCGGCGUCCUCCUUGCAUGCCGCGGGCAUGCCGGCGUCCAAGAGCUCGCAGCGGCUUUCUUCGCUCGUCGCAGCCAUCAACAUCUCUUCGCGUGGCCAUCAUCCUUCGCCGUUGCUCGCUGACAACGACGACAACAACAACCAAUCGUCGUCGGGGGAUAGCCUCAGCUUGGCCGGGCCCCACCACGUCGCAGAUGACGACGGCACCCCCCCCAGUCCAUCCCUGCACGGUGCAGCAUCCACAACAUCGUCACACUUUAUCGCCAAGAGCUGUCGCAUAAACGAAUCGCUUCGGUUCUGCAUCCACCGCGCCCUCCAAGUCCCCGGGCAUACGUCCCAACUCAAGCGCACAUCGCAUGAUGUGUCGACUGAAACGGCCCCGCUCACGUACUUUGACGUGGUGAUCCGCGCGCAGUUGUUUGACGGCGGCGUGCCCCUGGACGACUGGACCGAGACUGUCGACACCAAGCUGCAGCCUAUGUCGCGCUCUUUGAAAGACAACAGUGUCACAUCAUACACAGCCGUGUGGGAUCACCCGACGUGGCUGCGCUCGAAAUUAAAGAUCCGCGAGCUCCCCCGCAGCGCCCGGCUGGUUGUGACACUGUUUGGCGGCAAGAAGGACGCGGGGCGGGUGAGCGCCGACGACCGCGAAUGCAUCGGCACCACCGCCAUCAACCUCUUUGACGUUGACGGACUUCUCGUCCAAGGCGACUCGUACGUCCAGCUGCUCUCCAACGUGUAUCGGUGUGUGAGUGGUCCCGUGCCCCAUAUUGUCGACCCCGCCAAGCCAUAUUUGCAGAUAUCGUGGAAGCGGUUCCCAACCGACGUGCAAUUUCAAGUAGGCGACCUCCCAGGGGCUUCCAACUCUGUUGACGACCAACCCAACGUCCAGUACGACGACGACGACCGCGACGAUGAUGAUGCAAUGAUAGAAGGCAUUUCGACCACUUCCAGCGGCAGCAACAACAGCAGCCUCGUCCACAACGUCCACAUUGCACUGAUCGACAAGAAGGGCUGGCUCAAGAAGCUCGGGCAGCAAGGCACGAUGAGCAAAUGGCGAGAUCGGUGGUUCAGUUUGAACCAGGCGACGGCCAGCUUGACGUACGCAGACUCACCAGCUUCUUCUUCUUCCAAGACGAUCCCCCUCUUGGGGGCGACGGUGCUCAUCGCGGACCAGCUGAACGAGGCGUACACGACGUACGCAGUCAACAAGAACACCCGGAGGCAGCAGCAGACGUGGGGUUUCAAGCUCAAACCAGCCAACAAAGCCCGCGUGUACCUGAUGAGUGCCCAGACCAAGCAAGAGCGCGAGGAGUGGAUGGCGGCGAUUCGGGCGGUGGCGUUCGAGUCCAACGUGGAUGGGACCGCUGAGCUGGACAGCGGCGUCAGUAGUACUCGGCACAGCCUGCUCUUCACCAUGUCGCCCGACACUGCCGCCGACGCGGCGACGACCAUGUCCGUCGUCCGUCCAAACGACAACGACAGCAGUAGUACCCUUCUGGAAGAAAUCAAACUCCUCAUGCAGCAAGAUCCACUGGUGAAGCUCAACAAACUGCAGAAACAUGUGCUGUGGACGCACCGCCACUUGUUCCUUGACCAGUUUGAGGCCCUCCCUCGGAUUCUGUCGUGUGUCAACUGGGUCGACCCAGUGGAAUCCAAAGAGGCGCUGCAUCUGAUGCACCAGUGGGAACCAUCCAAGCACCCUGCGGGGUACCUUGUCCUCCUAGACGCCGAGUUUGCCAACGACCAAGUGCGCAAGUUUGCCGUCGAUCAGCUCAACGACAUGGCCGACACUACGUACAGUUACUUUUUGCCUCAGCUCGUGCAAGCAAUCAAGUAUGAGAACCACCACGCAUCCGCGUUGGCAUUGCAGCUGAUUGAACGGGGACUGCGCAACCCCAACCAGAUCGGCUUUGACCUCUUUUGGGCCAUGAAGGUCGAGAGCGAGAACGAUCAGUAUCGCGAGCGCUACGGUACCCUGCUCAAUACGUUUCUGGACGUGUCGUCGGCCAACAUGCGCGACAUCCUGCACCUCCAAGCGUCGCUGUUUAGCUCAUCGGGCAAACUCGAAGCCAUCUGCCAGCAUGUCAAGCAGCUCAAGGGUAACCGCAAAGUGCUGGACGAGAUCAAAGUGGACAUGCGCAAGAAACUCGACCAACUCAACGCGACGCUGCCCACGUCGUUUCAACUGCCGAUUGACCCCCGCGUCGAAGUCGGCAAGUUGAUUGUAAGCAAGUGCAAAGUCAUGAGCUCGGCCAAGUUGCCGUUGUGGCUCGUCUUUGAAAACGCCGAAGUGGGCGGCGACCCCGUCGUGGUCAUCUUCAAAUCUGGCGAUGACGUACGCCAAGACAGCCUCACUUUGCAGCUGAUUCGCGUCAUGGACGAACUGUGGCGCGCCGAAGGCAUGGAGAUGGCCAUGGAGCCAUACAAGUGCGUUGCCACGGGCCCCAUGACGGGAAUUUUGCAGGUGGUGCUCAAUGCAGUUACGACCGCCGACAUCCACAAACGUGUGGGCAACUGGGGCGCGUUCGAUGACACGAGCUUCUCCAACUGGAUCCAAGCCAACAACCAGGACAAGAAGAGCCUCAAGAACGCCGUGGAUUUGUUUCAUAGGUCCUGCGCCGGGUACUGCGUUGCCACGUGUGUGCUCGGGAUUGGCGAUCGCCACAACGACAACAUCAUGAUGACGCACGGCGGACGAUACUUUCACAUUGAUUUCGGGCACUUUUUGGGCCAUUUCAAGUACCAGUUUGGCAUCAAGCGUGAGAAAACACCGUUUGUGUUUACCCCCGAGAUGGCACAUGUGCUGGGCGGACGCGACGCGCCUUCCUUCGCGGCCUUUGUGGACACAUGCACGCGGGCAUUCAACAUCCUCCGCAAGCAUGUGCAUCUCAUGGUGACCCUCUUCCUGCUCAUGAUCCCCGCCGACAUGCCCGAACUGCGCAGUCGUGAUGAUAUUUCCCACCUCGUGGAAGUAUGUCUCACGACCAUGUCCAAUGAAGACGCGGCCAAGGCCUUUGAAGCCGCCAUAGACUUUUGCCUCGGCAAUCGGUUCAAACGGCUGGACAACUACCUCCACAUCCUUGCCCACAAGUACUUGUAGAGCUAGCUACCUACCUAUCUGCUGCUCCUGUGUUGUUGGACGACCAAAUGUUCAUUAAUAAUAAUCUACUAGUUAACGAAUAAUGUGGACAUUGGACUACUCCA